UCGGUCUCUUUUAUUAAGCACACCUCCCAUAGAGCAAGGCGAGUGGGAGGAUUUGAUUACUUUUAUGUCAAAUUGCUUCCAAACUCAGGACUGUGCAACACAGUACUGUGGCAAAGUUGUUGAUUUUACUGGAGACGAAAACACUAAAUGUACCAUAUUAGAGAGAAAUUAACACGUUUUAUAGAAAUUGAGCUGACUGCUAUUUUUUAAUGUAAUUAUGGAGCCGGCGAGUGGCGCUUCUAUAUCUGGACCUCCUAAGCGUCCUGGGGUUGGAGUGGGUGUGCUUGUUACUAGCAGCUCGCAUCCAAAUUGUGUCCUGUUGGGAAGAAGGAAAGGUUCCAUGGGAAAAGGAACUUCCCAGCUUCCAGGAGGGCACUUGGAAUUCGGAGAAACUUGGGAAGAGUGUGCUGAAAGGGAGGUGCUAGAAGAAGCAGGGCUUCAUCUGAAGAAUGUUUGUUACACAUCUGUAGUGAACUCCAUUAAAUUAGAGGAAGAUUACCACUAUAUCACCUUAAUAAUGAGAGGAGAAGUGGAUACAAGCUACCCAUCCGAACCUGUGAAUUUAGAGCCUGAGAAGAAUGAAGGAUGGACCUGGAUGAAAUGGGAAGAUUUCCCACCAGACAGCCAGCUUUUCCUGCCUUUAGCCUGCCUGAAAAAACAAGGAUACCAUCCUUUCAAAGACUGUUCAACAUCUCACAGCGGAACACCAACUCAACAGUAGAUAUCCUGGGCUGUAUUCAUACAUCAAAGUGCUGGUUAAUGUAUUGUGGGCCAGUGUGUUUACCUACAUGUUAAUGCAUUAUUAAUGUGUCCCUAUAGGUUAAAUACAUUGUGUGUCUGCUGUUUUAAAUUAAAUAAAUGCUGUAAUGUGAAUUGAAUUAUCAUAGUGGAUAUAUAGUCAGAUGUCUCAAUACCAAUUAGUGUAUAGUUGUAACCCCAUUCAAUAAACCUUGUAAUGGGUAACUUAUGUAUUAAUGGUGGAAUCUUAAAAGGACAAGGGAAGCGACAGCCAAAAAUGACACUUUUCAUGAGUAUUGACUCCUACGUAGACCCAUUUGUGUUGUGCUCAU